AUUACAGAGAGAGGGGGAGAGAGAGAGAGACAUUGAAAGUUACAGCCAACGAAAGGGGUUCCCUACGUCAACUUCUUGCAAACAUCCCUUGUUCCUCCUCCACCGAACAACCCCCACCUCCCUCAUUUCUCCGCUCUCUCCCCUAGGGUUCUCUAAACUCUUCUCUCUCCCUAUAUCUACGCCAUUCUUAUAUGCAUACACGCCUUCCUAUUUGUAUAUAUGGAUGUGAUGUAGCUUCCCCCAAAUCUCACAGCCUGUAAAUCCAACUCCACUUUGCGCUUUGAUUGUUCGGAGGGAUUUGGAAUUGGGAGGGUCGGGGGGAGCUGGAGAUGUGGGAUGCUCGAGGGUUUGAUGAAUCUCCUCUCGAUUUGUUGGAAGCCAUUUGAGGGCUGCUGCGACAGCUUCGGCAAUUCCCGCGGCGUUGUUCUCGGCGGCGGAGGAGGCGUUGGCGCUGAUUUUGUACGAGAUGGCUUGCUCUGGUUUCGCGACAUCGGGAGGUGUUCCAGCGGUGAGUUCUCGAUGGCGAUCGUCCAGGCCAAUGAGGUGCUCGAGGAUCAGAGCCAGAUCGAGUCUGGCCCCUUCGGCACCUUCGUCGGCGUCUACGACGGCCACGGCGGCCCCGAUGCCGCUAGAUACGUCUGUGAUCACUUGUUCCGCCACUUCCAAGAAAUUUCAGCAGAGGACCAAGGUGUUGUGACAGCUGAUACAAUCCAAAGAGCUUUUCUUGAAACAGAAAGAGGUUUUACUGCUCGCGUUUCAGAGUUAUGGAACACCCGGCCAAAGUUAGCUGCAGUUGGGUCAUGCUGUCUAGUUGGAGUGAUAUGUCAGCGGACUCUUUUUGUUGCGAAUCUGGGAGACUCACGUGUUGUAUUAGGGAAGAAAGUUGGGAAUACAGGAGUUGUUGCUGCCAUGCAAUUAUCAACCGAACACAAUGCCAACAAUGACGCCAUCAGACAUGAGCUCAAGGAGUUGCACCCGAAUGAUCCUCAAAUUGUUAUCCUCAAGCAUGGAGUGUGGAGAGUAAAAGGCAUUAUUCAGGUCUCUAGAUCUAUUGGUGAUGUAUAUAUGAAAGAUGCACAGUACAACAGAGAACCACUUGAUGGGAAAUUCAGACUUUCUGAACCGAUGGAUAUGCCUAUCUUGUCGGCUACUCCAUCUAUUAUAUCUCACCCUCUAGAACCAAAUGAUUCUUUCCUUAUAUUUGCAUCUGAUGGCUUAUGGGAACACUUGAGCAAUGAAAAAGCUGUGGAUAUCGUCCAUAGUCAUCCACAUGCUGGAAGCGCCAAGAGGCUUAUCAAAGCUGCCCUCCAGGAAGCAGCUAGAAAGCGCGAGAUGCGAUACUCGGAUCUCCGGAAGAUCGACAAGAAGGUCCGGCGGCAUUUUCACGAUGACAUAACUGUUAUUGUUUUGUUCUUAAACCAUGACCUUAUCUCCAGAGGCACAGGGCAAGGCCCUCCCCUCUCAAUCCGAAGUGCUCUGGAACACUGAUGGGUGGAAUUGGUUUCUGAACCCCAAUUAUAUACACAGCCUUCCUCUGAUUUUUGCGACGCUUAAAUAACCCCAAAACCUACUCAACAAGUACCGGAUUGCAACCAGCAUGCAGCAGCUUCCUUCUACAAUGCUGCUCGAGUAACGACACACGGACUUCACUUGUUUAGAGGCUUAAAAUAUCUGUAAAGUUUUCUUGUUCAGGUAGAUGAAUAUUUGUUGGUGUUGUUGUUGUUGUUGUUGUUGUUGUUGUAAUAUCCUGAUAUAAUCUAUUUGAAAGUAUUUUCUAAUACUUGCCUUUCAGAAUAACACUAGCGCUUAUUCUUUUCUAGGCAUAAUUCAUGCA